ACGGGAUAAGGAGAACCAUUGAUUCUGUUCUAGCAGGAUUCUGGUGCAGAUGGGGCGGGGGGCGAUGGCUGAGUCGGUGAGGGAAAUUACUUGGAUUGAAAUCACCCUCACCUGACCUUGGAUGCAGGGUUUUGUCCAACGGCUCACUCGAAUCACGCCGGCGGUAAGCCGUUGUAGUGCAAGUGAGUACUAUAUUACUACUACUACUAGUAGUAGUACUACUACUGCAAUGGGUUGGCGGUAUGGUUCAUGCAAGGCUGCACCCACCGUCCAUGCUCAGCCAUUCUUUUUCUUUGGGGUCAGGAUUGGACUUAAAAGCCUCCGCCGCAUGAUAAAACUAUCAUCCGACAUCCAUGACUUCGGAAUUGUAGGACUGGGCUAAGAGAGCCAAGAGGUAGUAUCCGAAUGCCGCGCAUUGUGACGGUGCUUAAGUGAACUCUGAUUGCGAGUGUCGGGCGCAUGCCAUGAAGCUGAUUAUGUUGUGCAACCAUCAUAGAACCCAGUCUGAUUACUAACAAU